AUGAACUGCUUGAUACGAACAUUAUAUCAUCGCCUGUUAAGGCUUAGCCGUCUCUUUGAUCAUGAUGCGGGACGAUGCAUGCUGUUGUGCAGUCAAGUGGAGAUCACCCCGUGCAGGUUACCGCUCCCACUUCAGAUACGUGUUGACACCACUAUUCGUGACGUUUUUCACCGUGGUUCGCAUUUUUAUUUCCCUAUCACUAAAAGUGGAACGGAUAAAAGUGUUUCUUCGGUUCCAUCGCUAGAGAAAUUUAUGAAAAUGUGUUUUACAACGUAUCCCGCAACCCCCGUAAAUAUACAGAAUGCGUUUGCAUGUCUUCAAAGACUGCAGACUAUUAAUAAUUAUUUUGAAAAAGAAGGUGGAAAACAUCUCGUUCUUUCAUCUUUUCGAGAGUAUUGCCGAUGUGUGUCAUCAGAGUUGAGGUUGUCUGGUGUAUUCACCGUGUCUACUUCGCAGCGCCUUUUACCCUUUAAUUUUGGCUUUUUGCGCUUCACUGGAACUGACACACAUGAAGCGGCACAGUUUCUUCCCAAUGAGGCCUCAUAUUUGGCACUAAUAGGGGGGACUUCUACAAGCUACACGAACACUCUUAUGACUCGUAUAGCAAAUAAAAUCCCAGGUCAACUUGUGUCUGGCCCGAGUAGUGAUAUAAGUUGCUUGACUUCUACACCGAAUGUGAUGCAGAUCCUCCUGGCACACCCGAAUGUACGGGAUAAAAACAUGUUUGCCGUGGUACUUCUAGUGUCAGUUUCGCUGUGUGGCAGAGAAGCCAUGGGGUUUGUACUGAAUGUCGCACCUCCUUCUUUGAUCAGGGAGGAUGCUGACGCUUCGUCGUCUUUCCGUCAGAAGCUGGGGCACUUCGCACACUGUGAUAAGGAAAAAGGCCGCGUUGACACGGUUGACACCAAUCCGCUGUGCUCUACGAAGUGUCUAAUUGAUUCUCUAGGGACAGAGUGGCAUCCUAUUUUUACAGAGCUAUCGAGUUUAGAUCCAAGCGCUUGCAAGGAAAUGAAUGCAUCCCACGAUAGGCCUCUUUGCAACCACGAAACCUUAUUGGCUCCAGUGCAUUUAAUUCACUGUGUGGCUGAUGCACCAGGGGCCACCCUUCUCGCUACGGGGAUAUGGUUGGAUGGGGAUAAAGAUUUUCUUCUUCGAAAGCUUUACGAUGGGACGGCUUUGAAGGAGGAUUUUAUUGUUGUGCAUCAUAAUUCCAUAAGACACUGGAAUCAUGGCGCUCUUCAAGAGGAAAUUCAGAAGGGUAAAUGGCUACUAUUGCAGAGUACUGCGGAGGGCCUCGGAAACAAUUAUAGCGAAGCUGUGAAAGAAGUAAUUUUUACAUUAUCACAAAGCUCCAGAGAUGAUGCCGAUUCAUGUAGUACAAUUCCGUUUGAUUUGCCACAACAUUCAUCUUUUUACACUCAUAACAAUGAUAGCGAACAUGGUGUCACGACUGAAAAUGUGAUUGAAGACGAAGGGGAUAAGGAAUUCAAUGCGGGCCCCAUCGAAUCAACUGAUAUUGAUGACGAGGAUAUCUAUGCUUCGGUGAAAGAAGCAACCAUCACUGGUGACAAUACCGACAAAGAUGGUAUUAUGAAUGAACCUGAAGGUGCUAUACAACUAAAUAAGACUAUUUCGGAAGUGUCGACCUGGUCUCGUUACUACAUUUUGGAUCAGUUGGAUCCCGAAGACUUGGAGAUGUGGUCGAUUAUGGCGGCCUGGUCAACAGCUGAUGACACCCUUACUUCCAUGGAAAAGUAUUGGCGCUUGAUGUAUUACAUACUGGGAUCACCCUUCGACGCAUUAGCAGUACAGCGUACUUUUGUAUCACUACCUAUGCUGGACGAGGAUGAAGAGGGUAACAAUGUACAUGAAUGGCGUGCUUUAGCGAUUAGAGAAUCUUGA